AGAAAUACCAAAAAAGAAAGGCAAUAGAAGAAGGAAAGAUGAAAGUGAUGAAGAUUUUGAUGAAGAGGAGGAGGAAGAAACGCCCCAGAGAACAAGAGGAAAGCGCGGUAGGGGAAGACCAAGGAGAGGGGAGGAAAAAGACGAUGAUGAUGAUGACGAUGACAGUGAUGAGGAUUGGGAUGAAGAGGACAUAAAACCCACAAAACGACCAAGAAGACGACCCACAAGAAGAACGCGAACCCUGAGAAAACGGGGUGGCAGCAGUGAGGAAGACGAUGAUGAAGAGCCUUUAUCACGCAGACGUCCUUCCAGGAGUGCUUCUUUGAAAAAGCCCAUGUACACUGACGAUUUCAUUGUGAGUGAUGAGGAACUGAGUGAAGAAGAAAUUCCUCCUCGCAGACGUUCCAGUAAAGCCAACGAGGACAGUGACUACGUGAUGGAGGAGGAAUCCGGCAGCGACUGGGAGGCAGAACAGUCAGGGAAGAAAAAGGGCCGACCUCCGGCUAAAUCAAAUCGUAGAGGACGGGGAAGGCGUCGACAGAAUGACAGCUCUGACUUUGAUGAUUCUGAUGAGGAGGAGUACAAGCCACGUCCAAGUAAAAGGAGGGCUGCAGCAGCAGUAGCAGCACGGAGACAGAAAAAGAAGAAAUUUGAAUCUGAGUCUGAGGAAGAAGAGGAGGAAGAAGAAGAAGAAGAGGAGGAGGAGGAAAUGGAAAACUCUGAGGAGGAAGAAGAGAAAAGUCGCCACUAUAUCUGA